AUGCUUCCCGUGGCGGUGGCUUUGCCGGGUUGGGUAUAUGGUCUCUAUAUCAACGGAUCCGUCAUUGCACCAUGCGACUCCCCACUGUACUGUCAAGGCGAUAUCCUGGAGCAAAUUGAGCUUGCCAGGCCAUUUUCCGACUCCAAGACCUUUGUAGACCUCCCCACCAUUCGCCCAUUGGACGAGGUGAUUGCUGCUUUCAAUAACUUGACCAAGCCGAUCAGCAACAAUACUGAACUGAAUGACUUUCUCUCGACGUAUUUUGGAGAGGCCGGCUCCGAACUGACGUCUGUGCCCACGGAUCAGCUCACAACAGACCCCGUGUUUCUCAACAAGACCAGUGACAUUGUGAUUCGGCAAUACACAGAAAAGGUCAUUGACAUAUGGCCGGAUCUCACGCGGCAGUAUGUAGGCGCAGCCAACUGCACGGGCUGUGUGGACAGCUUCAUCACGCUGAAUCGCACCUUUGUCGUUGCCGGUGGCAGAUUCAGAGAGCCCUACUACUGGGACUCUUAUUGGAUUCUCCAGGGACUAUACCGGACGGGCGGGAGUUUCACACAGAUUGCCAAGAACAUAAUCGAAAACUUCUUGGACUUGGUUGAAACUAUUGGGUUCGUACCAAAUGGUGCUCGUCUCUAUUAUCUCAAUCGGUCGCAGCCACCUCUUUUGACCCAAAUGGUCAAGACAUAUGUGGAAUAUACCAACGAUACCAGUAUCCUCGAAAGAGCCCUGCCACUACUGAUCAAGGAGUAUGACUUCUGGGUCAACAAUCGAAGUGUAGAGAUUACAGCAGGAGAGACCACCUACACUCUGAAUCGCUACGACGUGGAAAAUACUCAGCCACGCCCAGAGUCAUAUCGAGAAGACUAUGUAUCUGCCAAUAAUCAGUCAUACUAUGCCACCUCGGGGAUCAUCUACCCAGAAGUGAAGGCCCUUAACGAUUCGCAAAAGGCAGACCUGUACGCAAAUCUGGCGACUGGGGCAGAAUCGGGUUGGGAUUAUUCUAGUCGCUGGCUUGCCAACCCAUCUGAUGCAGCCGACGACGUUUACUUCCCCUUGCGGUCCCUGAACACGAGAAACAUUGUCAGCGUUGACCUCAACUCCAUUCUUUACGCAAAUGAGAUACAGAUAGCCGAGUAUUUGGAGGCCAGCGGAAAUGACACGGGAGCCAAGGCAUACAGAGAGCUGGCGGAUGCGCGAUCCAAAGCCAUGUAUGCACUAAUGUGGAACGACACCUAUAACAGCUAUUUCGACUACAAUCUCACAUCAGCUUCGCAGAACCUCUAUGUCCCGUCCGACACGGACACCACCGCUGCACAGAAAGCUGACGCUCCAGAUGGCUACCAGGUGUUCUUUCAUCUCAAGAAUAACCCAUUGGCGGUCACGAUUGUCUAUCAGAGGGUGGCAGAUCUGCUCGCUGAGAAGGCUGGAGCGAUCGCAGCGACCAACUAUCAGACAGGGCAGCAGUGGGACCAGCCCAACGUCUGGCCGCCGCUCAUGUACAUCUUGAUCAAUGGGCUGCUCAACACGCCGGCAACAUUUGGAGAGGAUGACCCGUACUAUAUCCAGACGCAAGACCUCGCCCUCGCUCUGGCCCAGCGCUACCUCGACAGCACGUUUUGCACUUGGCGGGCCACGGGCGGCUCGACCGAUGACGAACCGCAGCUGCAGGGAUUUAAUUCUUCCGAUGUGGGCAUCAUGUUUGAAAAGUAUGGCGACAACUCGACCAACGCCGUCGGCGGCGGAGGCGAGUACGAAGUGGUCGAGGGGUUCGGCUGGACAAAUGGGGUUUUGAUCUGGGCCGUUGAUACCUUUAACUCGAAGCUUACACGGCCCGAUUGUGGUAAUAUCACGGCAGCGAAUAACAAUGAGAAGAGAAACAUGCCACCGAGCGCAGUCGAGUUGCAUGCUUCUGAUGCCAGAUGGGUUAAGAAGUUUGGUAGGCGAUCUGGUAAUGUUUAG